AUGGAGCAGUUCACGCUGUCAUACUACUACUUCGGCCUAUGCCUCUUCCUGGCUCUCCUCUACCAUGCCGUCCUCAGCGCAUUUUCCGCCGCUGCCAAGCAGCCCCGCCCGAGGCUGCCACCAGGUCCGUGGCAACUUCCAAUCAUCGGCAGCCUCCACCACCUGUUGCGCGGACUCCCACACCGCACCAUGCGCGACCUCUCCCUCCGCCAUGGCCCGCUCAUGCAGCUCCGGGUGUGCGAGCGCGUGGGCAUCGUCGUCUCCUCCGCCGAAGCCGUGAGGGAGAUCUACAGGGGAAACGAGGCCACCUUCUCCGAGCGGCUGAGCAGCCCGGGCAUCGACGAGCUCUCCAGGCAUGGCCUUGGCAUCAUGUUCGCGCCAUACGGCGACCACUGGCGCUUGCUUCGUAGAAUUCUAAUGACGGAGCUGCUCAGCGCGCGGCGUGUCCAGACGUUCCGGCGGAUCCGCGAGGAGGAGGCGGUUCGCCUAGUCUCGUCGCUUCACGCGACGUCCGAUGGCCGGCUUGUGAACAUCGACGAGCGCCUCGACGAAUUCAUGACUGAGUCGGCUGUGCGCGCCAUCUUCGGGGACCGGCUGCCGGACAGAGUCGCGUUCAUGAAGAACGUUAAGCAAGGAGUUGACCUGUCGUCUCUGUUCGACCUCCGGGACCUCUUCCCUUCGUCGUGGCUAGUUCGGUUGCUGCCGCGCAACAGGGGCAAGGCCGAGCGGCACCGUCAAGAGAUGUUCCGGCUCAUGGACAACAUACUCAAGAGUUACGAGGAGAGGAGGGCAGCUAGAGAUGGAGAUGACGAACAGAACAUGGUCGAUGUGUUGCUCAGGGUCCAAAAGGAAGGCAAUAUGCGAGUAUCCCUAACGCAGGGAGUCAUAAGAGCACUGCUCAUAGAUGUCUUCGGUGCAUCACUUGAAUCCACAACUACUACUUUGCAAUGGGCGAUGGCUGAACUGAUGGUGAACCCAAGGGUGAUGCGGAGGGUGCAAUCUGAGAUACACUAUGUCCUAGCUGGACAGGCCACGGUAGAGGAGGGUUCUUUAAAAGGCAUGCAAUACCUCAGGGCAAUUAUUAAAGAGACCUUGCGACUGCACCCUCCUGCUCCGUUUUUUCCUAGAUUGUGCUUGCGAGACUAUAAGAUUAAAGGAUACGAUGUACCACGGGGAAUGACUGUGCUAACCAACAUAUGGGCAAUCUCUAGGGACCCUGGGUACUGGGAUUUGCCAGACAUGUUCAUGCCAGAGAGGUUCGAAGGCGAGGGUGUCGCAGACUUUAAUGGGGUGGACUUUGAGUUCACUCCUUUCGGGGUUGGUCGGAGGAUUUGCCCUGGGAUCCAAUUUGCAUAUGCACACAUUGAGAUUGCUCUAGCUACCCUUCUUUACCAUUUUAACUGGGAGCUGCCUCCCGGAGUUGAACCAAGUGAAGUAGACAUGACAGAGGUGUUUGGGGCCACUGUUCGGAGGAAGACUAAGCUACUUCUGCGUCCUAUCCCUCGUGUUCCCCUGUAG